AUGGACACGUCCCGGCCUCCAACGCCCCCCUCCGGCUCCGCAACACCGGACGCCAAUCGCUUCGGUAUGGCUGGACCGGCAUGCGAGUGGGGUGGGGACUACCGCCCAGGCAGCUACCACCCGGUUGAAGUUGGAGAUGUCUUGGGUGACGGGCAGUACAAAGUCCUCCGCAAGCUGGGAUACGGGUCGUUCUCGACGGUGUGGCUUGCGCGUGAUUUGACCAAGCCAGACGGCGCCGAGCACAGCAUUGUCGCGAUCAAAGUUGUCGUCGCCCAUGCUGGGCCGGCAGAGGGCCUGCCCGAAGGGAUGCUCUACAAGCAUUUGGCGUCGGUGUCGAACGCUGCGGUCCUCGACCGACACGUCACGAAGCUGCUCAGCACAUUUGCGGCGACGGGUCCCAACGGCACACAUGCUUGCCUCGUGUUUGAGCCCAUGGGGCCGGGCGUGCACGACAUGGUGGAGAACCUGCCGCAGUUUGUGCCGCGGACCAGGCACAUGAAAGUCCGGUAUCCGUUCUGGAUGGCCAGGCAGAUUGUGCGCGGUGCGCUCGAGGCGCUCGCGUUUGUGCAUGCCCACGGCAUGGCCCACGGUGACGUACAGCCGGGCAACUUCUUGUUCACGUUGAAAGACAGGCUCGAUCGCUGCACCGACGACGAGCUCCAGCGGCCUGCCCAUGUGCAUCCUCCAAUGCGCCUUCCCAAGUUCUCCGCACCCCUCACGAGGUUGGAUGGCAAGGUGGACCCUUGGGCGCCGACGCAAUUGUAUGUUCCUCAGCCGAUGGCAGAUUGGGCCGACGCUGGUCCUGGCUUGUCUCUCAAGUUGUCAGACCUGGGCGGAGCGUACCUUGCGGCGCACCCACCUGCCAAGAUUGUCUCGCCGAAAGGGCUGCGUGCGCCCGAGCUGAUCCUACAGACACCGACCAAUGGUCUCGACGGCCUUGCGCUCGAUGUCUGGGCUGUGGGCUGCCUCGUGUUUGAGCUCGUCACGGGCCAGCAGCUGUUUUGCCUCCCGUGGAUGCCGCGCCAGACGGAAGAGGACAGAAACGAUGAGCACCUCCUCCAGAUGGUGGCGCUCCUGGGACCGCUGAGCGACGCCGCGUGGGCGCGCUGGACACGGUCCUCGCGGUACUUUUCUGUGAAUGACAGCGGGCAACGGACUCUUUUCAACCUUUGCGUGGCCGAGGGGAAACCGAUCCGGCGGCCCGAGGACGCGCACCCAGACGAACUGCAAACAAUGGAGCAGUUGUUUGACCGGCUGGCGCCAGAUGUGUCGGACGAGGAAGCCCGCGCGACCAAACGGCUUGUACGCCGCAUUUUGCAGUGCGACCCGGCGCAACGGCCCACGGCAGCGGAGAUCUUACAGGACCCAUGGUUUCUGGAGGGUGGGGAGAUGGGUGUGGCAGAAGAAUAA